UUGGAUGGAUUGAUGCCUUUAAAGUGUCCGUAGCAUGUGAAUGUAUGUGUCAUCUAAUGAGGUCGCAUUCCGUCCAGGGUGUCCCCUGAUCCCAGCUCCCAGGCGGACAAAGACCCUGCACUGAGAAGGCAGUUACGCAAGAUGCGCGGAUGGACGAACAAUAGUCUGUCGGGAGCGUGCAGAUAUUUAUCUCAUCCAGUCCUGCCAACCUCUAGGGGACGGCAAGUGGUUAUGGAUCUCACUGAAGGAUGUGGCAGCGUUCUGUACGCGGUGUCGAUCCUGUAAAUGUCAAAGAGCUACUAAAAAUAAAAGUGCGUUAUGUUUUCAAAGUAGGAAAUGCCAAUCCGAUUAACCGACGAAUACUUGCUUGUAAAAUCCCCGCUUGAAAUGAAAUCAGAGGUAAUUGCGACGCGGCGCCUUUAAGCAGGAUGCGAGCGCCUAUAGUUUCUUUUUGACCUCAACUAGGCGGAGCGUCAGCGGGAUCCAACUAAAGAAGUUCACCUGUCAAGUACUGAAACUCGACAAUUAAAGCCGUUGUGCCCCUUUCUUUUGUUACUGAAAUUUGUCGAAACGUGCAUUUUAUGGUACUUAAAUAAAAAAAAAUCCAUUAGAAGCGGGACUUAACAGCGGACGCCUGCAAACAUGGGAAGCAAAACGGAGCUGUAUUUGUUCUCCUGGCUCUUCGUGGCUUGCGUCCUCCAGGUAUCGAGUUUACACUUCGCGCAGGCGACGUACAUAUGUACGGCGUACCUGAAUGUUUCCUAUGUGGAGCCGAGGAGUAACGAGACGGUGUGGCGCCGAGAGGAAAGCGGACUUUACGGACAAGACUCGCCGAAGGCUUCGGCCACGGGAAACGUGUUUCUGCCCGACCCGAUAUACGGCUGUGAGCCGGAUACUUUCUACGACGUUCCCAUUAACUCCAAAGGAUGGAUCGCCUUGAUUCAGCGUGGAAACGGAUGUACCUUUUCUGACAAAAUAAACGUCGCUGCCAGUAAAGGAGCUAUCGCCGCCGUAAUCUUUAAUGAACCCGGGCCAGAUAAUAGGGUUAUACAGAUGUCGCACCCAGGAACUGGGUACACUGUGGCCAUCAUGAUCGGCUACCUGCGAGGCAUGGAAAUAGUCAGUUUGAUAAGGAACAACACAACGGUGACCAUGAGCAUCGAGGUGGGAAAGGAGCAUGGUCCCUGGCUGAGCCACUACUCCGUCUUCUUCGUGUCCAUCUCCUUCUUCGUGGUGACGGCUGCUACAGUAGGCUACUUCAUCUUCUAUUCUGCUCGCCGGCUACACACCAUCAGGUUGCAGAACCGAAAGCAGAAACGACUCAAAGCGGAAGCCAAAAAAGCUAUUGGACAGCUUCAGGUCCGAACACUAAAGCAAGGUGACCAGGAAAUUGGAUCCGAUGCAGACACGUGCGCUGUAUGUAUCGAAGCUUACAAGCCUGGCGACGUGGUAUCCAUACUAACUUGCAACCAUUUCUUCCACAAGACAUGCAUCGAGCCCUGGUUGCUGGAACACAGGACAUGCCCCAUGUGUAAAUGUGACAUCUUAAAGGCACUUGGAGUUGAGCCGGAUGUUGAAGAAGGAACUCACCAGGUCCCCAUGCCACCAGACUUCAGGAUAUACCCUGAGACCCUGGAAGAUGCCCGAAGCGAGACUGCCUCUUCCGGAUACGCCUCAGUACAGGGCAUAGAGGAGCACGGGGGCUCUGCGGAGGACAGGUACACUCAGGCACCCUCAGCUGUAACACAGGGUGAACAGAAAGCAGAGGGAGCAGACGGACAAACCGACUUCCAGCCUCAUUAUGACAACCCAGCCUUCGAGGGAGAUUCGCAAAGCCACCCAGACCCCAGGACAUAAAGAGCACAGCCAAUCAUCCCCCAGAGAGAGAGGGCUUUGCUUUCUGCAGAAUUUGCACCAAAAUCUGGCCUGUGAUUGAUUUGAAAAGCUAUUUUUGAGAACUAGAUACAUAUUGUGCAUGUUUGUGAUUGCUAAUAGGAAAAUGAGCACCUAUGCAUCUUUUUAGUGGAACAUCUAUAAAUGCAAACCCAUUGUUCAGUGCAUUGAGCUCUGCCGAGUCUCAUGAAAAGGGUACAUUAGCUUAUAUCGUAUACAAAAGAGCUUUGUGCUUCUGAACAAUCUGAUUGCCUUUUUUGAAUGACGUUAAAUCUUCUAAUUCUGUUUUCUUCUGUAAUUUAAGAAAUUAUUUCCAAGCUCUAUAAUUUAAGGAUUUUUGACAGAAAUAACAUGGCACAUAAUGUGGAUUUUAAUAACCUGAAACCGGUAUGGAUUGUGAUUAAAUUGUUUUAACAUGUUCAGAAUGAUCCUUUUAUUGAAAUAAAUUGAAGUAUUUUUCUAGAACCGAAUGUGACUUCUCCUGAUAUUACUUUAAGACUAAGACCUGUUUAUUCCCCCUGGGUACCAAAACAUUUUAUUUACCCAUUUUGACACUGUUAUGUAUUGGAUGGCCAGAAAAUGGUCCUUAUUCACAAGAUGGUUGUUACAUGCACUGUUAAAUAACAGGAAGUUUUAAAAUGCUUAGAGCAGGGAAAGUUGCUGCUUCGUUCCUGAAGUAUACAUUCCAUUUGCCUCAUCACUUGCAGUCGCUGAGAUCGAUAUAGAACGCUUAAGAUACCAGUUUAUUUGCAUUUACUGCUUGUAAAUAUUUCAUCUCAAGUACCAUUUUUAUUUCCAAAGAUGAAGAAAUUAUCAAAGUUUUAUAUUAAUAUUUUGGUGUUUCAAUGUUUAAGCUGGUAUGUUAAGAUACAGAAGCCAUUCUCCCAUUCACUUUUAUUACUGGAUCAAAAAGUAUGCAAAAUAUUUCCCUGUCACUGUGAAAAUGAAAGCAAUAGGGUUACUACUUACCAGCUUAGGAGAUGCCUAUGCCUUAAUAAUUUGUGGUGCAAAAUGUAAACUAUUUUCCUGGGAAAGGAUCGGUUAUUGUUUAAUCCUAAUUUUGCUGUGCACUUUAAUGGUUUAACUUUACCUGUAUGAAUUUUGUGAAAUUAUCAUGAUUUUCUCACCAUCUUGGGUGAAGCUGUCCAAAGUAUUUUAACUUAAAUAAGGGACAGAUGGUGUUUGGUUUUACCCCCAACAACCUCCCCUUCUUUUCUGUAUCUGUGAUUUGAUAACUGGUGUAUAUACGAUUUAAAGCUAUAUUUAAAUGUAAGCAAAUUGUAAAUAAAAAUUCUUUUAUUAAA